AAGUGACGACACCGAAAGACAACAGAUUGCUGAACAGCGAGCAGUCGCAUAUGGAAGAAGGCAAAGGCAAAGACUGAGCUUGAAGAAAAUAGCUAGGAAUAGAAGGGCAACGUCUUCAAAAUCCCUCUUCAUCCUCGUAAAAACAAGUCUGGAUGACAUCGAAAAUAGCAAGAGCAUAAACUACACACUUUAACCUUUUAAACAAGCCCAGUAUUACUUUUUUAUGAUAUCAGGAUUGUUUUAAAACGAGAGGUGAAAGAUAGAUUGUUGGAUUGUAAGUAGGGGACAGUUACUAUAUCCGGAUAGAGAGAGUGACAGACUAUAGGAAGCAGAAAGAAGAAAUUCAUAUUUUCAGAAAAUAGUUUUGCCUUUUAAUUUUUUUUAUUUUAAACGAAACUUUACUGGAGUUUCGCCUGAUACAUUUUUCUUGGAUUUUGAGUUAGCGAGCUUGCUUGCAAUUAUGGAAUUGAGAGUGGGAAACCGAUACAGAUUGGGCAGAAAAAUUGGAAGUGGCUCGUUUGGAGACAUUUAUUUGGGCACGGACAUCUCUGUGGGAGAGGAAGUGGCCAUCAAGCUGGAGUGUGUGAAGACCAAGCACCCACAGCUCCACAUAGAGAGCAAGAUCUACAAGAUGAUGCAGGGAGGAGUGGGCAUCCCCACUAUAAAGUGGUGUGGAGCUGAGGGGGACUACAACGUGAUGGUGAUGGAGCUACUAGGCCCCAGUCUGGAGGACCUCUUCAACUUCUGCUCCCGCAAGUUCAGCCUCAAGACGGUCCUGCUGCUGGCCGACCAGAUGAUCAGCCGUAUCGAGUACAUCCACUCCAAGAACUUCAUCCACAGGGACGUGAAGCCAGACAACUUCCUGAUGGGCCUGGGCAAGAAGGGCAACCUGGUGUACAUCAUCGACUUUGGCCUGGCCAAGAAGUACCGCGACGCCCGCACCCACCAGCACAUCCCCUACCGUGAGAACAAGAACCUGACCGGCACCGCGCGCUACGCCUCCAUCAACACACACCUGGGAAUCGAGCAGUCUCGUCGUGACGACCUGGAGUCGCUGGGUUACGUCCUCAUGUACUUCAACCUGGGCUCUCUGCCCUGGCAGGGACUCAAGGCCGCCACCAAGAGACAGAAGUACGAACGCAUUAGCGAGAAGAAAAUGUCCACCCCCAUCGAGGUCCUUUGCAAGGGAUACCCCUCGGAGUUUGCCACGUACCUGAACUUCUGUCGUUCUCUGCGUUUCGAUGACAAGCCCGACUACUCGUACCUCAGGCAGCUGUUCCGGAACCUGUUCCACCGGCAGGGCUUCUCUUACGACUAUGUCUUCGACUGGAACAUGCUCAAGUUUGGGGCUAACAGGGCAGCUGAGGAUGCAGAGAGAGAGAGGAGAGCUGGGGAGGACCGCUUGAGACAGGGACAAGCCAGAGCCCCCGCCGGAGCCCGAGGUAUCCCCGCCGCCUCCGGACGACCCCGCGUCACCCAGGACGCCGCCGCGCCGUCUCCGCUCACACCCACCUCACACACAGGCAUGGAGCGUGAGAGGAAGGUGAGCAUGCGCCUCCAUCGGGGAGCUCCGGUCAACAUCUCCUCCUCAGACCUGACUGGCCGACAGGACUCACGCAUGUCCACCUCACAGGGUCUCUCCCGUGUCACCCCCAGUGGCCUCCAGUCUGCAGCCCCUCGAUGAGCCCCCCGUCCCCCUGAUCACCAUCACAGUGGAGGGGUGAACCAGCACGGCCCCAAGCAGUCAUCCCCGAAACACACACACCCUGACACGUCCAUAUCUCUUACUGGUACAAUACGUCGAUAGACCAAUCAAAUGACCGGACUUAACGAAUCAAAUAAUCAAAUCAGGACAAGGACCUCUACAUCUGCAAUCUUCAACCGGCUAAACAAAACCCAGACUCUGAUGCUUUCAUACAGUGAACAAGGAUUAGGAAUUGCUUACAAGCAUACGUGCGUGCACCCAUCCACCCACACACACACACACAGACACAGACACACACACACACACAGAGAGAGCUUUCGGCCGUGCUCCUGAUAUGGCUUUCCGUCACAGGACGUUUGGCUUUUCUGACGCAUAGGAGAAAGAGAUAGAGGGAUAGUAAACAGAAACCAGGGGUGGGGGGGUAUGGUUGCCUUUGCCACCCACGGCAUCCCCAGAACAGUCAACUGCCCCCUCUUCAACCCUCUCCCCUGGGGGGACACUGACCUACCCCCACCGAACACUCCACAACUCCUCCACUGUCAUCCGUGUCCAUGUACCUCAUUUGGCCGACGCUCUGAUCCAGAGCAGCUUACAGUAGAGUGCACACGUUUCCACCGUCUGUCCGUAUCAUGCAGGGUUAGACCCACUAUCCUACCGGUGCAAUGACCACGCUCUACCAGCUGAGCCGGCCCCAUCUUCAUCCGCUGUCGUCCACGCUGUAACCAUUGGCCCUUUUCCAGCCAGCCAGUCGGUCUGCACAACUGCCAGCCAGACUCAUUAAACCCUUGUCCUGUUUCUCUCGCCACCUGUCUUUCGUCUUACUUUCAUGCUGUUCAUUUUGUUUCCCCUUUUUAUUUUAUUUUUCUUUUUUUUUUGCUGAUGUUAAUACUUGUUUGUACCGGCUAACUUCUGUUCUGACUGCAGACUGUCUCUCGCUCUCUUUCUCUCUUUCUGUUUUGUAUGGUUGAGAAUGUGAACUGAACCACAUGGAAUUGACUGAAUUGUGAGUCAUGACCACUUCUCGAUGUUAUGGAUAUUGAAUAGUUUCUUUGCGCUCUAUGGCGGAAGGAAUGUGGAAUGAGUAAUCAAACGACAGACCCCUGAUGGUGACUCAGCAAGUCAUUUUAGAGGUCUGUCUUUUUGACCGGAAAUGGCCUGGAUGCCAUUUCCUGUAAGACUCUUUAUCCCACAAUGCUUAGAAGGAGAAGGCCAUUCUCCAAGUUAACAGUGGUUUUGUAGUUAUGAAACCUUUUACAGAGGGAAAAAUCCUCGCCCAAAUGGCCCCCUGUUAUUCACCUGCUACACUUCUUCUCCUCAGAGCCCUUCAAAAUGAGGGAAUAGGGUGUCAUUUGUGCAGAGGUCUUCUGUUGUUUUUAAUAGGGGACUGUGAGGAAGGUCAUCCCCUUCUGUUCUUAAGGUGACAAUGUGUCUGACUGUUUUAAAGGGUUGUUUUUUGAGGGGGGGUACCUCAUGUACGUUAGGAUGGGAUUAGGUCUGAUGAACUCUUUUCAGUACUAGUUUGGAGAAACACCUGUAGCGCAUUUACUCCUCAAAACAUUACGCUGUAAAGCCUUUCGUUGAACAGUUUCCAUUGGACAAACUGAAUGUAGGUUCUCCGUCAAACCAAACAAAACGGGUGGGGUGGACCUACCUGAAAUGAUCCAAUAGAAUCUUUUUUGAGGAAAUCUUUCACAAGCCAAAGGUUUUGUUUGGUGGAAGGAAUCCCGCCCCCUUCACCCUCCCCUCCUGGUGUGCUCCGUCUGAAAGCUGUGAAUUGCCUUUCAUGUUUUUCAUGUAGCAGUGAUAUUAUGUACUUGGUGGUCAGUUAAGUGUGUGGGGGCGUCUGUGUUUGGGCUGGUGGUGUGGUUGGCUAAAAUGCAACACGGAUGGUAUCAGUCCGCCACAAUGUCACACUUUUAUUUUUUGUUAAUUAUCAGUAAAUAUUUUAAAAUGUUUCCGCUUAAUGAAAAUAAGUUGUUGUUGUUUUUGUUUUGUAUUUUUUUUAAGAAAAAAGUGAUCAGAGUAUUAAUCACCGGCUUACCAGAGAGCUAAGUUGAGCUUUACCGACACGCCGAGCCCGAAUGGGGCAUUGUCGGUUUUUACCAGCGCGCCGAAGUCCCGCUUUACCAGAAGACCACAUCUGGUUUGGCAGGCUGACUAACGCUAUGGCGGUCUCCUCUUCUGAUUCUCCAUUAGUUGACUCAGGCUCCUGAAAGAGGUGGGCUCGCAGAUCAUCUCCAUGUAGCAAAGUGUCAGCGUUCUGUAGGCCUUCUCUGUUGUCUAGGAUUAGUGGUGGCCUGGUACUAAAUCAGGUUGCCCUCCCAGCCCCCUGUGGUCUCUCUCAAUACCGCAGAGCGAGUGAUGGUGAGUUGGUAAGACUGCACAAGCAAAUGUGGCGCCUGGUUGCUUGUGGUCUGUCUUCUGUUCUCGUGUAAAUAGGAUGUGCCUACUGAUGGCCAAAUGCCAUGGCUAAGCCUGAAAUCCCCCCGUCCAUGUUAUGGAGCUCUCUUUUCCAGGGAACCCGGAACUCUUGGUCCAAAGGAGUUCAUUAGACAGGGAAUGGGGGCCAUUUCAGACAUGGGCCAGGUCUGCGUACAGAGCUGCUUGGCAUUGUAGCUAACUGCUGAUCCAGGAUCAGGUGUAUUUAAUUCUCCUAAUGGUUAUGGUUAGGAGUUGAGGGAAACUGAUCCUAGAUCUAGUGUUAGUCUCUGUUUGUCCAUUCAGCUCUGCGAUAGCCACUGUGUGCGUGUAGUAUGAUGAUAAUGAUGAAGCUAGCGUGCGGAGGGAUUGGAUUGCUUCACUCUAUUGUAGUUUAUUGUAAGUUAGUUUUAAAUCCUCGACUGACUGGUCGUCAAAAAAAAAAAUUCUCCUACCACCUCAUUCUCUCCAGCAGUGUGGGUGAUGACGAUAAACGCAAGUACACUUCUGUUAAGUACACUUAUAAAUGUGGGAUCACUUGUUUCUUUCCGGAUACAUGUCAAAUGUUCCUUGUUUUUCUUUUGGUUUUUAGUUCCUGGUUGUUUUGGGUUUGUUUGCCUUCACAAGGACGAAUGCCGGAACCUUGCGUUGGUUGCCACAAUGCAUCACUUUCUGGCUGUCAAGUCAUAGGAUCUGUUCCUGUCGCCUUUGUCAUCAGAGAUGCUCCUCAUUUGUAAUGCCACUGUAUUUGUGUAUUUUAAAAUUGUGUAAAUAAAUUAAGUACUUGUACA